GUUCUUUUUGCCAUUUUACAGAGGUGCUGUAUCCGCAAUUCGUGUUUGGGUCCGCGAUCCGCAGACGACGUCGCCGCUGCGGAGGCUGAUGUCUAGUUGUAUGGCAAAUCUGGUGGUCCCUGAAGCCUGCUUUCUUCUUCCUGUUGAGGUGUCAUGCUCCAGGGACCCCAGUGCACGGCGUCCGUUCUGUACAUACACUCACUACUACCUCAAGCUGAUGGUCCCCAGACCCGAACUCCCUGCGACGAUUUUCGGCCCGUGUCGGUAUUUCAUGCCAGAUGGAACUGUCAAGCGUCCACGCACCCGCUCUUCCUCCGCCACGUGCUUGCGUUGACUGGCCGUGUCAAGGCCCACGGUGGCGGACAAGCUCACGCUGCCAACUUCCCCAUAGUGUUCCCGGUCACUGUACUCUGUACCAGUGUGCCAGUCUCGCCUCCCGUGAAGAAAGAGGCGGCCGAGUUGGCUCAGUUCACGAUAAGCCAGCCCUGUCUAUUUCUGUGCGCGUGCGUCUAGCGUAGUAUGGGGCAAGACGGAGGACGAAGGGAGCAGGGCAGGGAGUGGAGGACGGUGGUGAGACGGCCAGCGUCCUUGUGUAACCGCCAGUCCCCUGUCGCUCCCAGGCCGCCUGAGUCGUCUCGGCCGGGCAAUAUUAGUUAGAUAUCUGAGUACAGGUACGUGUACCUGUAGACAGACAGGCAGAAAAACAUGUCACUGGCGUUGGACGGGGACAGAUCUCACAUCCCACCCCCUGGCGCCUUGGCUUCGCCACCCUGUGGUUCAC